GAGAAGUGUAGUACGUGGGAAAAGCUACAACGUGGAUAUAUGUGUGUGAGGCAGCGGCUCUGGGAUACAGAGGAAUAGAGGAGAGAGCACGAGAUGCUGACAGAUUCCUGAUAGAUGUGCAAAAUGGCGCAAGCAAGUUCUACCCCUGCGAGCCACCAAUUGUUGUAGCUCGGAACAUGAAAAGCUAGCCGUAUGUCUGUUUUAUUCUGAUCGCCUCACGUUGUUUUUAGUAUCGUAUUAUAUUUCAAAGUGAUUAAAUGGCUACCAGAAGGCUCUGCCUUGUUCCAUGCAUUUUUGGAUUGCUCCUCAACGCUUUAGUCGGUGUGACAUCGGGAGCAGAGCUCUCCUUCACCCUGGAGCCCAGUGACAUCAUCGCGGUGCAGGAGCAGCCCCUAAUGCUGCACUGUCAGGUGGACGGUAUCCCACCAAUCACCACGCAGUGGAGGAGGAAUGGAAUCCUCCUGGUGGAUGACCAAUACUACACCAUGUUCCACAACGGCACUCUGCUGAUUGGACGCUUCCAGAGGACAAAGUCUGACGGCUCAACUGAUGAAGGGGAUUAUGAGUGCGUGGGCCAGAACUCCUUUGGUCUGGUGGUGAGCCGCAGGGCCAGGGUGCAGGCCGCCACGAUGGCAGAGUUCCAUGUCCAGCCGCGGUCAGUGCGUGCGGAGGAGGCGGGCGUUGGGCGGUUCCAGUGCCAGAUUCACGGCCUGCCUGAGCCUGCCAUCAGCUGGGAGAAAGAUGGCCGCUCCGUGGACACUAAGGAUGAGAGGUAUACCCUGCUCCCCACUGGUGUUCUGCAGAUCACCGGUCUGCGUCAGGAGGAUAGUGGUGUGUUCUGCUGUGUGGCCCACAACAGUGCAGGAGUAAAGCACAGUGCCGGGGCUGGCCUCACCGUCUCAGUCUCCCAGUCUUCUGUUUACAAAGAGCCCAUGAUCCUCGUGGGUCCUGAAAACCUCACUCUCACCGUUCACCAGACGGCCAUCUUGGAAUGUGUUGCUACAGGAUAUCCCCGCCCCAUCGUGUCAUGGAGCAGGCUUGAUGGCCGUCCAAUAGGUGUGGAGGGCAUCCAGGUGCUGGGUACAGGGAACCUGAUGAUCACAGAUGUCGGGGUCCAGCACUCUGGCGUCUACGUCUGCGCUGCCAACAAACCAGGGACCCGUGUACGCAGAACCGCUCAGGGACGUCUGGUGGUCCAAGCCCCGGCAGAGUUUGUGCAGCCUCCUCAGUCCAUCUCCCGGCCGGUGGGCACCACUGCUAUCUUCACCUGCCAGGCGCAGGGUGACCCUGUGCCAAAGCUCACCUGGCUGAAGAACGGCCAGAUCCUGGAGCCUGGAGGGCACGUCAAACUCAGGAACAACAACACCACGCUGACCAUCUAUGGCAUCAGUCAGGAGGACGAAGCCAUCUACCAGUGCAUCGCUGAGAACAGCGCCGGCUCCACCCAGGCCAGUGCCCGUCUCACCGUGCUGUGGGCAGACGGCCUGCCAGGGAUGCCCAGUGUGGUGCGGGCCGAGGCCCUCUCACCCAACGCCAUCCAGGUGUCCUGGAAGGAGUCCGCCCAGGACACUCAGGAGAUCAUCGGCUACGUGCUCCACAUCCGCAGGACCACAGACCCUGUGGAGAUGGAGUACCAGGAAGCCGUCAGUAAGGUGACUCUACAGCAGGUCGUGGGUGAUCUGGAGCCCUCCACCGGCUAUACCUUCUAUGUGAAGGCCUACACGUCCCGCGGAGCCAGCAAGCCCUCCGAGAGCGCCACCGAGAGCACACUCGGCGAAGUGCCAGCACGCCCGUCACUGUUCAUUAGAUUGGUGAACAGCAGUGUGGUGCAGGCGGUGUGGGAGCCAUCCUCUAAGAUGGGCCAACAUGAGGGCUUCAGGCUGUACUACAGGAGGGUCCACACCCCCCUCUUCACCGGACCACUCACCUUCACCCGCAACGUCACCCAGUACAACAUCACCCAGCUGGAUCCAACCCUGGUGUAUGAGAUUAAGGUUCUGGCCUUCAACCAACAUGGAGACGGCAACGCCACCAUGCGCUUCGUCUCACUGAAGGAGGCUGUGGAGAAAUCAGUGCUGAACACCCCCUGUGACUGUGUGAAGGAUGAACAGAGCAAGACCUCUACAGCCGGCAUCAUCAUCGGCAUCCAUAUAGGAGUCACCUGCAUUGUUUUCUGCGUGCUCUUCCUCAUGUUCAGCUACAGGGGGAGGUUGAUGACGUGUAAGACAGUGCAGGCCACCCCCCAGGCCGGGCGUAACAUUUCCCUAGAAUCGUCCUCCUCCUCCCAGGGGGCCCUGGCCUUAAACGGGGUGAGCAGGUCAGGCAUGGAAGGGAACGGAAGCGUUGCUGGGAAGAGCAGGGGAGACAGUAACGAGCUGGAGAGACUCUUCUCAGGCCCGUCCCACUGUGGAGACCUAGCAGACAGUUCACGCAUGUUGGAUAGAUCCCUGGUGUCCUGUGCGCUGGACGAGACCCAGUUGUCCACUCUGCCGUUGGAUGACUUCAGCCUUGUGGAGGAGGACAGAGAGACGCAGUUCCAGAGGCCUCCAGCAGAGGGCCGGGGGGCCAGUGACAGGGCUGUGGCCGGGGUCACCCAGCAGGACCAGACCUGAUGGAAGCAUGAAGGUCAAGUCUGUGACACGGUCACAGUGUCACCUCAGACUCGUAUCACACUCAGGUCGACCGAAGCAUUUCCUUUCAUAUUCGUUUUUUCUUUGUGCAAAUAAUUGUGUUAUUGGUAAGUUAAAUAAGUCGCUUUCUGGAAAAGUUAUAGGGUCUUGGACUCGUUCUUGGAGGUGUCCCCGGCCUAGGUUUUUGGUGCGCUUUUGUGAUGGACGGCUAGGUUUUAGCUUUGGCAGGUGAAUGAUGUGUUCUUGGUUUUUUUUUUACUUCCUUCAUUUUCUGGUUGCCGGCAGCACACAGAAUAGAUGUCCAGAAUGUCUUUGUUAUACACUCGUCAUUUUAUCUCAGAAUCGAAUAUGUUUUUAUUCCUCUACUAUCUCACAAAAUGGUUUUAAGUUAUUGCCCUUAUUUCUACUUUUUCUUUCAAUGUCAAAGACUGCUGCCUCCUCUCAGCCUAGCAAGGAUUCCACAAACGCAUCCAACGUAGACGAAGGCCUUCUUCCAGUGAUUUCAUAUAUUCUCUGUCUCAGGACUUUUAUUUUCGGUGAUAUGGUUUUUUUAUUUUUUUUUUUUCGUUUUUCGGCCUUCAUACAGGUUCUCAACUUUCUCUGUGAACCUUAGAUUUCAACAAAAAACUACCUCAGCCGGAAUGAAUGUGACGUGGGAAACCUUUUGGGUCCGUCUUUUCCCCCUGCGUUCAGUUACUUUUACAUGUGGAGCGAUCGGUUCGUAAAACACCAGAACAGGUGCCACGCUACCUCAGAUGUCAAGAACCGCCGCUCUCCUGCUUGUCGAAAGCCGGAAAAAGGGAGAGAGAGAGAGAGAAUCAAAACGCUGAAGUCCACGUUCUACCUCAAGAUAACAAUGUUGUAGUUGUUCUUUCUUUCAUAAUGAAACAUGUACUUCUGUUGUGAGAGCUCCUGGCUUCCCUCCGUCGAUGAAUUGCUGUCUGUGGAUAUGUCAGUACCUCAUGCAAGUUGACAGGUUGAUAUUGUUGUAUGUAUUCUACUUGUAAAAGACAUUUUUCAGCGUUUUCCAUCGUGUUUGCGUGAGAUAUUUUCUCUUUGUUUUAUUUGAAUCUUAGUUGCUUCUGUUGAUUGAAAAGACUGUUAGCGAUGCACUGCACUGCCACUAAUACUUUCAGGACAGUUUUACUGCUAUGUGAGAACUGCUGCAGAUAUUCCAUUGGGCAGGUGAGGAUUUAGUUACAUUUACACUCGAUUGAGACAUACAUCAUAUGUGUAUUUAUGAAUGAUUGCGUGAUGGAACUGUAUGUGUGCGCGCGUACUUGUCUGCCUGCCUGCGUUUCUGUGUGUGUGUGUGUGUUUUUGUGUGUGUGCAGAUACCGAGUGAAUGUGAUGUAUUAAGAAAAUGAAGCACAAAUGUAUCAAAAUGUCAGUCUAGGCAUUGACAACCACAAAUGUUCAUGUACCAGAUACCAGGUAAUUGGCUCUUUAAUUGACCAUAGAGUCGUUCUAAUCUGAUUUUUGGCCUGCCUGUCACUCACUCGAAGCUGUGGCACAGUGCACUCCUUUGUUAUAUUUAAUCAGGGCUCAAAUCAAAUCAAUUCCCUUCUGUCGUAAAGGAAUAGCCCAGACUUAUCGAGCCUGUCCAUCCCAGAUCUCUCACUCCAUCCCUCCUCCACACUGACAAAUGAAAGUGCUUCAGGAAAACCUUUAUCACACUGCUGCAUGUAAAUCCAGAGGGAGAUGGUUUAACAGGUGGACCACAGGUAUUAACUCACAGGUCUGAGUUCAGUGUGCUCAUGCUGUCAUCUUCCUGAGCAAACACACAGUCAAUUUGAUGUUAUUAGACUUGGAUCUGAUCCAGGGUCAGACCUGGGAGUGCCACCACCACUGCUCCACCUGUUCCUCCAGAACCAUGCUCUCUGGAGCUGGAGCUUCCCUGAGGCAGAGCCAACCUGAGCCAGGCCAGUACUCUUACGGUAGCCUGGGUUAGGGCCGCUGUCCGACGGACACCCUGUCUUCUCCCUGGCUCUCUCUUCUGCAGAGAUAGAUCCCCUAUGUACUCUAUGCUCUCUACUGUGUCUCAGUCACGUAAUGGCCUAAAGCAGUAUUACUCUGGUACCUACCUCAACCCCGACACGACAGGCCUGCUCUCAGGUUGCUCCUUUUCACACUUCUAUAUGUGCAUAAAUAUACACCACACACACACACACACACAAACAUAAUGACACACACACUCCUAGGGAAGGGAGGAUGUCUUCAGGGCCUUGUGGUAGUGCAGUUGUGCGACUGAAAAACAGUUGUUUUUGUCUUUAUGCUUAGCCUUUGUGGAUGUGAAUGUAUCACAAUUGUUUUUAUUACAUUUUUGUUGUAUCAGAAGCUUUUACGUUUUUGUUUUUCCACUCAGCCUUGACUGUCUUUGAACAUGUGUCUGUUAUGGACUAAUAAACGAGGACAUCAAGCACUCACUGCAAACUGUAGUAUAGCUACUCAGUAUAAACUGUAGUAUAGCUACUCAGUAUAAACUGUAGUACAGCUACUCAGUAUAAACUGUAGUACAGCUACUCAGUAAACUGUAGUACAGCUACUCAGUAUAAACUGUAGUAUAGCUACUCAGUAUAAACUGUAGUACAGCUACUCAGUAUAAACUGUAGUACAGCUACUCAGUAUAAACUGUAGUACAGCUACUCAGUAUAAACUGUAGUACAGCUACUCAGUAUAAACUGUAGUACAGCUACUCACUGCAAACUGUAGUAUAGCUACUCAGU